CCAGUCCCACCCUCCCAUGCGAAUUACCACACCCUCACCGACCAACACAUCCCACGCUCCACAGCACUCAUCCAAUCGCACCCUGCACCACCUCUGCUUCCGAGUCAGCUGAGUGUGCAUGCGCCAGGUCGCUAGCCCUGCGAUAUCAACCCCACUUACCCCUCCAUCCUGCCUAACUAUCACCACCCUCACAACUCUCCCAGAACAGCACCACGCAACCGCACAACCAAAAAUCCGCAACGACCACACAAUGCAGGCCACCACUACCCUCGUCAACGCACACUCCAGCUGCCCCAAGUGCGGCGCCACUAUCGAUGGCGACAACAAGUCCUGCGGCUCAUGCGGCAGCUCGUGCCCCGUCUAAGCCGCAGUCGAUUUGAGCUGCUUGAGGUGUAGUGUGAGUCUGGCUGGACGGAAGGAAGGCAUGCGAAGGUGCGGCGGAGGA